UUGGAUCCCAGCUUGCUCGUCGUUCCGUCGUGGUCCUGCCUCAAUUGAAAGAAUGGCAUUCGCAGGAGCUGACGCAGAGGAACUUGAAAAUCACAAUGACUGCCUCGUCCGACUUUCAAAUCCAAACGUAGCAACAAUGAAAGAAGAUGUUCUGUACCAUUUCAGUCUCAGCACUAGCACACACGACUUCCCAGCUAUGUUUGGAGAUGUGAAGUUUGUGUGUGUGGGUGGAAGCCCCUCCCGGAUGAAGGCUUUCAUCAGGUAUGUGGCUGAAGAGCUGGGCUUUGACCACCCGGGCGUCGACUAUCCCAACAUCUGUGCGGGGACCGACCGCUAUGCCAUGUACAAAGUAGGACCAGUGCUGUCUGUCAGUCACGGGAUGGGCAUUCCCUCCAUCGCUAUCAUGCUGCACGAGCUCAUCAAGCUGCUGUACCAUGCCAGGUGCUCCAACAUCACCAUCAUCCGCAUUGGCACUUCAGGCGGGAUAGGUCUGGAGCCCGGCUCGGUGGUCAUAACCCGGCAGGCCGUGGAUGCCUGCUUCAAGCCGGAGUUCGAGCAGAUCGUGCUGGGGAAGCGGGUCGUUCGGAGCACGGACCUGGAUGAGCAGCUGGUACAGAAGCUGCUGCAGUGUUCCGCAGACCUGAGCGAAUUCACCACGGUCGUGGGGAACACCAUGUGCACCUUGGACUUCUACGAAGGACAAGGCCGUCUGGACGGCGCUCUCUGCUCCUACACGGAGCAGGACAAGCAGGCGUAUCUGCGGGCAGCCUACGCGGCCGGCAUCCGGAACAUUGAGAUGGAAUCGUCAGUGUUUGCUGCCAUGUGCAGCGAGUGUGGCCUCAGAGCUGCUGUGGUGUGUGUCACUCUCCUGAACCGCCUGGAUGGGGACCAGAUCCUCAGCCCUCAUGAGGUGCUCACCGAGUACCAGAAGAGGCCACAGCGGCUGGUAGGUUACUUCAUCAAGAAGAGCCUGGGGAAGGCCUGA